AUGCCGAUGAUUGAAGAAGAUAUGCCGGUGAUUGAAGAAGAUAUGCCGGUGAUUGAAGAAGAGAUACCGGUGAUUGAAGAAGGUAUGCCGGUGAUUGAGGUGGAAAAAGACGGAUUAAAGAACCGGUGGUCGCGAAGAGAUUUUUACCGUUCCACAGUCCCGACGGUUUUCGUGGAAGGAAAGCAAAUGCUCGCGUCAGGAUAA